UCAUUGCUAUACAAGUUUUGUUGGAUAAACAAUCAGCAUGUCAAAAACUGGCAUUGUACUGUACGGAACGGACUUGAGUCCCUGCGUUAGGGCAGUGAAAUUGACCCUCAAGGCGCUGGAAUUGGAUUACGAAUUCAAGGAGGUUAAUCUCCAGGCUGGCGAGCAUCUCAGCGAAGAUUACCUGAAGAAGAACCCACAGCACACGGUGCCAGUGCUAGAUGAUAAUGGAACCUUCUUAUGGGACUCGCACGCCAUCGCCGCCUAUUUGGUGGAUAAGUACGGCAAAUCGGACGAACUGUAUCCCAAGGAUCUGGUCAAGCGGGCGAUCAUAAAUCAGCGCAUGUUCUUCGAGGCUAGCGUUAUCUAUGCCGCAAUAGCUAAUGUAACCCGUCCGUUUUGGAUAAAUGGAAUCACUGAGGUUCCCCAGGAGAAGCUGGACACCGUAAAUCGGGGUCUUCAAUUGCUGGAGACUUUCCUGACUAGCAGCCAAUUUCUGGCGGGUGACUCGCUGACCAUCGCAGAUUUUUGCACUGGUCCGGUUGUUAGUGCCAUUCCAUGUGCCGUGGACAUUGAUCCUGCGGUCUAUCCCAAGAUCACCGCGUGGCUGGAUCGACUCAAUAAGAUACCAUACUAUAAAGAAAUCAAUGAGGAGACAACCAAGAAUUUUGUCGCCUUCCUCCGCAGCAAAUGGACCAAGUUGGGCGAUAAAGAAAUACCUAAAUAAAGAAAAUAAUUAAUUUCCACUGUA